AUGAUAGUAACCUGGGUUACGCAAGAUAAUUCUGAUGGUUCAUUUGUUGAAUAUGGCUCCCAUUCAGCAGGUGCUGGUAUGGACAGAGUGGCCAAAGGAGAAGCAAUUUUGUUCGAAGAUGGUGGAAGUGAAAAAAGAAAAUUUUUUAUUCACAAAGUACUUUUAACUGGUCUCAUCCCUAACACAUUUUAUGUAUAUCACGUGGGCAGUGAUACAGGCAGAUGGAGUGAUAUUUUCUUCUUCACUUCCAUGAAAGAAGGUCAAGAUUGGAGUCCGACUUUUGCCGUGGUGGGCGAUAUGGGCACAAUAAAUGGCAAGUCCAUAUCCAGUCUUCAGAAGGAGGUUCAGAAAAGUCUGUUUGAUGCUGUUCUCCAUGUUGGAGAUUUCGCCUACGACAUGGAUGUCGAUAAUUCCAGAGUUGGUGAUGAUUACAUGAGGCAGGUGCAGUCAUUUGCUGCUUAUGUACCAUACAUGACCUCCCCUGGUAACCAUGAAAAUGCUUAUAACUUUUCCAACUAUAAGAGCCGAUUCACCAUGCCCAACAAAUACGGUGGAGAUGGCAACGCAAUGUUCUAUAGUUUUGAUGUCGGGCCAGUGCACCUUGUUUCAUUCUCGUCUGAAUUUUAUUACUACGUCUCCUACGGUUGGACGCAAAUUGUUGAACAGUACAAGUGGCUUAUCAGGGACCUGCAGGAAGCCAACAAGCCCUCGAACAGAGCCAAGCGUCCUUGGAUCAUCAGCAUGUGCCACCGACCUAUGUACUGCUCCAACAGCAACGAUCCUGAACACUGCCCCAAUCUUGAAAAUAUGAUCCGUGUGGGCCUGCCCAUGAAUCACGAGUACAACAUCGAAGACCUACUCUACAAGUACGGCGUCGACCUGCAUUUCCAAGCUCACGAACAUUCAUAUGAGAGGAUGUGGCCGGUCUACAAUCUCACUGUUUGCAACGGCAGCGCUGAACGUCCGUACGUCAAUCCGAGGGCUCCUGUUCAUAUUGUCAGCGGGUCUGGGGGGUGCAAGGAAGGCGUGGACCCUUUCAUAAAGAUUCCGUAUCCGUGGUCAGCGUUCCAAAGUGACGAUUAUGGUUACACAGUCAUGAAGAUUCUGAACAAAACUCAUCUGUCUCUUGAUCAAGUGUCCGUUGAUAAGGGUGGAGCCAUCAUAGAUUCAGUGAUGAUUGAAAAACAGAAGCAUGGGCCUAGCACCUUCGACUGCCACAAAAACCUGAAAUUUCAGUACAAGAGCGGGGGAAUCAAAAGUUCUAAUAAAUAUUUCCUUUAA